CUCCCUCCCGCCAGCCAGAUAGGACCUCCCCACAGCUCUGCCCUUCCACGCGGCAGGGUGCUGGCUCCUUCACAGUGGAGGGCGCUGCCCUGUGGGGUUCAAGUGCUCAUCUGAAGGAUGUGGGCUGGGCGGGGAAAGAGGCCAGGGAUAGGUCAGCCCGAUUCACAGCACCUGCUCUCUGCGGUCACGUGGAGGGACCCCUUUUGGGAGGCGGCCCUGGGAAGGUAGCGGCCCUUGGAGGGGGUUAGAGAAGCGGAGCCUUCCUCGGGUAAGAGUGCCACCAGGGCAGAGCAUGGAGGUCACAGUACCUACCACCCUCAACGUCCUCAACGGCUCUGAUGCCCGUCUGCCCUGUACGUUCAACUCCUGCUACACAGUGAACCACAAACAGUUCUCCCUGAACUGGACCUACCAGGAGUGUAGUAACUGCUCUGAGGAGAUGUUCCUCCAGUUCCGCAUGAAGAUCAUCAACCUGAAGCUGGAACGGUUCCGAGACCGUGUGGAGUUCUCAGGGAACCCCAGCAAGUAUGACGUGUCGGUGACGCUGAGAAACGUGCAGCUCGAGGAUGUGGGCACCUACAACUGCUAUAUCAUGAACCCGCCCGACCGCCACCGUGGCCACGGCAAGAUCUACCUGCAGGUCCUCAUGGAAGAGCCCCCUGAGCGGGACUCCACGGUGGCCGUGAUCGUGGGCGCCUCUGUGGGUGGCUUCCUGGCGGUGGUCAUCUUGGUGCUGAUGGUAGUAAAGUGCGUGAGGAGGAAAAAAGAGCAGAAACUGAGCACGGAUGACCUGAAGACGGAGGAGGAGGGCAAGACAGAUGGAGAGGGCAACGCGGACGAUGGCCCCAAGUAACGCGGCCCCGCAGCCCCUCCCUCGCGUCCUGUCUUCCUCCCACCCUCCGCCCUGCACACUGUGCCCCUGCCUGCCCUCUCUUGGUGUGCUUCUCUUGAACCAGGGUCCCAGGGCCCACCUGGGGCCUCCCGAAACCCUCCCUUCGUACCCCCCACCCUGCACCAAGAGUGACCCACCUCUCUUUCAUUUGGGAAACCUGCCAUGGCGCGUGGGACGUGUGGGCCCCGGGGGGGUGGGGUGGGGGGGGGGGAAGAAGUGGGCUCAAAACUGCCAGUCCCUGAGAGGAGGCAGGAGGCCUGUGUGAGGGUCCCAGAAAGAGAGGGCGUGAGGGGGAGUUCGGCUGUCCAGACUGCCCUGUUUGUGGACUGGUCCGGUGGGCCUCAGGGAGGAUCUGCGGGUGGCUGAGGGGUUUUGCUGCGCUGCCUGCCUCAAGAAAGCCCCGGCUGUAGUGUGGCUCUGCUCCCCGAGCUGCUCCAGGCCAGGCAGCCCUGUCAGGCUGGGGGCUGCUGAUGGGUUCCUAUCACUUGGGGGGGGGCACGCAUUUCCUGGGCAUUGAGGGGAAGCCUUGGCCCAGGGACCUCCACUGAUAGUUGCUACCACAGGAGCCUCGUGGGGGCGUUUUCUGUCAGCUGCGAAUCUCUUGGGAUUUGGGGGGGGAACAUUGCAUGAAGACUCACUGAGCUGGGCCAUGGGUAGGUUGUAUCGUUCUAGGUAGUGGUCAUUUUUCACCAUAGUUAACCACUAACAGGAGACAAAUUUCCAAGUCAGCUGAGGUCUGAAGGGGUGGAGGCUGCAUUGUAAAAUGGAGUUAGUUACAGACUGCCUUCUCCAACAGGGUGACCGCCCUCAACCCAGGUGUGGGGCUGGGGAGGGUGGAAAACCAUGGCGGAGGAGUUGAUGUGCAGGCUGGGGGCUUUAACCGGGCCUUCUCUUCAAACUUUCCCAGUGACCCUCAGCAGGGUUUUUAGCUGGCUUUUGGGUAGAGAUCAGGGAAGGAAAUGCCCUGAGGGAAGCGUGAAGGGGCCCUCGGAGCCUGUGAGAUCCUGUAGCCAUGUCACACCCUCCCUGCCCCAGGGACUCCCUCUGUGGGGAGGAAAUAGCAUUUCUGGAGAGCCAACUUUCACUGCCAUUUUACUCACGUUAAGAGGGAAGUAUUUAAGCCUCAAGAGAGGGAGAGAGACAGAAACUGCUGACGUGAACUCUACCUUGGAAGACCCUCAGAGAUCAAGGAGGCAAGUCACUCACUAGAGAUGGGGAACCAGGUUCAAAUUGACAGACUGAGGGUCCCACCCUCCCCUCCUCUGGCUCCUCAGUCUCCAGUUUGGAUCAACAGAGCCAUAGUUUUCCCUGUGGGAAGGGCCUCUGCGGGCUGGUAGACAGGGAGGUGAGGUGAGGGAGCUGGGCUGUCCAGGCCUGCUUCCUCUCCCAGGGCGCUGGGGAUGGAGGGAUGGAGUGGGAGGGCAGAACUGCUGGUGAGGCGCCACUCCUGCCCCCAGACUGACCUUCUUUAGCAUUUCCCGGCCUUUCAAGGGGCUCAGACCCUGCCCAGGCUCUAGGAGUCAGUGCCCGGGGCAGGAACUGGUCUGAGGAAAGGGGGUGGAGACAGGACUGUGACAGUCUCAGGGACCAUUCUCUGCCUCUGCCCAUCAGAUGGCCAAUUUGGGGAGAGAACAAGAGCAUACAGGAGGUUCAGUUUAAUUCACUUCAAUUCAACAUCCAUUUAUUGAGCAUCUCCUGUGUGCCAACUGCCGGGGAUGCACACAAAGCCAUAACAAGAGUUGGGAACUGUCAGGUCAGCACUGUGGGGACCAAGAUUCUUUUUUUUUUUUUUUUUUGGUGCAUCUAAUUCCACCUCUGUAACCACUGCUUCCAGGGCUGGAGUUGGAGAGAAGGAAGAGAGUCCCGAAUCUGGGCCCUGGGAAAGGAAGAAAGGAAGGAAGGGGUGGGGGGAGGUCCAACAGGGAACAAGGCGACAGGCCAGGCAGAGUGGGGGACGGACAGCCUGGGUGACAGCUCCUGGGUGGGGUGAGUCCAGCUCAGUACCUAACUGCCAAUCAACACACUGCCAAUGGGGGUGGGCUAAGCCACCAGGAUGCCUGGGGCAGGCGGACACAGCCCAACCUUGGAGCCAACCAGCUAAGAGGGGAGUGAUGGGUGGUGGGCAUCUCAUACCGGCUGAGACCAAGGGCCGUUGUGAUACACUUCUGCAGCCUGCAGAUUUCCCUUUUCGGCAACCUCUCAAGUGCUCUCCUCUUUCAGGACGAGCUGUGCCUGUGCUGAUGCAGGGCACUUUUCUUUUUCCAGGAUGCCUAACAUUUAGGGGAAAUUUUUGCGCGAUUCCCUACGUUUAUUCUAAGAAGUCCCAAAUCUGCAUCAAGAAGCCCCAGACUUCUGGGUUCCUUCCUUUCAAUGCCCUGACCCAGUGGGCCCCCCCCACCCCCAGCUGCCCACCCUCAUGGGCCCUUUCUCCUGCAGCCUCUUAGAAUCUGUUCCAGAGCUCUCCUAGGGCCACCUCCCCCAGGGCCGUGAGGUUGGGAACAAGAUGGGGCUUCGGUGAGUAGAGGUGGGGAACCAGUGACAUGUUUCCAUAGCAGCCAUUUCUCUACCCUGCUUUCUAGUUUAUACCAGCAAGCUGCUUCUCUCCCUGCGCUGUGGGGUCCAGCCCCACUUCUGGCUGCAUGUUCCCAUCACUGCGCUCUGCUGGGUCCAGUCUGCUGGUUUCCUCAACCGCCCCUGCCUCUCCUGUUGUCUUGGAGCUCCCUGUCUGUCUCUUCCUCCUAAUUAAGGGCCACUGUAAAGAGAUGGGCUGGCCAACCCAUGGGAUUGAGCUUCUAAGAACAAAGUACACUUUUUUCAGGACUGAAAUGCCUUGAGGUGCCUUGAAACUGGCUUUGAAAAUGGCUGUCUGCCCCUUAGCUAUGGACUAAUCACAGUUAUUCCCAAUUUAUAAAAAGGAAAAGCUGAUUGGAUCCAUAUUUUCUCCCCAGAAGUCCCCUUGGGGAAGUUGGGCUGGUAAGUAUUUACAAGGUCAGGUGAAACAGAUGGACAAUGGAAAAUACUGGCCAGGUCCCAAAAGACAGUCCCGGGCCAUAGGGAUGGCGUGGUGCAGUCAGAAUGAGUGAUGAAUCAAGAAAUUUUCCUUGCAACUUGUCUUAAGGAUAGACAGCCUGUGCCUCUUGCUGAUGUCUUCCUUUAUCGAAGCUUGCUGAUGCAUUUGCACAUAGUCUAUAUAUAGGUAUAGAUAUAUUCUAUAUACAAAUAUAAAACGUCGCGCCACAUCCACCCCAAAAGUUAUACCGGGUUGGGGGGGGAACCAUCAUUUCUCAAUGUUUUGAGUUGAUUCACCAAAGGCAAAUUAUGGAAUGUUCUUAUUGCUUUUUGUGCACUUGGAGGAGAAAACCCAGCUACUUAUGCACUUUCUAGGUUUUCUGUGUUACAGGGUGGUUGGAGGGGGGUGGGGAGAAAACCUUCAGUGGUCCUCUGUGACCCAGCCUCUGUGAUGUGUCUGCCUUUUGGAGCAGACUGCGUUUCUUUUGCAGUUUGUUGUAUUGCUUGGAUCUAUCGGCUACAAUAAACAGAUCAUCUCC